AUGCAGGCUUUGCAGCACCCAGAGGUUGACCCUUACGAAGAAUUAGAAAGGGAGGCCAGGGCAAGGGCAGACGAAGAUGUGGCAAAAGAGCUUCGCAGUCUGAGAGAAGCCGUCAGAAAUAUCCAGACCAAUAGAGGAGGUGAAGGGCUGGAAUAUGAAGAUCUGUGCAUUCACCCUGACGUUGAGUUACCCGCUGGGUAUAAAGAAGUGGUAAUCCAUGGAGAAGGCAACAAUUCCCUCUACCCGGAAGUUUCGAUUCCUCCUAUUGAGAGUGUGGAAAGACUAGACGGAUCUGUUUUCCACAUCAAAGAGAUUGUGUGUGCUGUUCAAGCAGGGAAAAUAAAAUUGCCACAAGCGCUUAUGAUGGUGGCAUGGGAAAUGCUGAAGAACGGUUUCCGACCCGGUCAAGGCCUCGGUUUGAAUUCGAAUGGGAUUGUGGAACCAAUCCAACUGCCCGGACACAACCAUACUUUCGGUCUCGGAUAUGAGCCCACCCCUGAGGAGAUUGCUUUAGCCAGUCUCAAAAGAAGAAGUGCUAGUCCCUUGCCGAAGCCUGUUCCGCUCCUGAAUCAAUCAUUUCUCAGGGAUUCCGCUGCCCAGGCGUCAGAAGAAAAGCUGGAAGACGACCUCCUAGAAAAUUUUAAGAACUUAUUCAUCAUCGAAGGAGAAGCAGACAGUCAAAUUAAUAGAUCUGCUGAUACCUCGAAUAUGACACAUAGUGAAACGAGCGAGCCCGUAGGAAAUGCCGAACAAGAUGAUGAAGAAUGCGAAGAAGAUAUGCGACCUGAAGGAUUAACUAAAGAUUAUGAAUAUUUUGAAAAUAAGCCAAAACCAAAUUUGGAUGAAACAGAAAUCAUAAAUUUGGGUAAUUCAAAAAUCAUGAUGGAAGUAAGAAUCAGCGUCCACUUAACUCCGUCACAGAGAGAGAAAUUGAUCAAACUUUUGAAAGAGUACAUAGAUGUGUUCGCCUGGUCUUAUGAUGAUAUGCCCGGAUUAAGCACUGACAUUGUUUCGCACAAGUUGUCUCUUGAUCCAUCCUGUCCUCCGAUAAAGCAAAAGAAAAGAAACAUUAAAUCAGACUUGAGUUUGAAAAUCAAGGAGGAGAUCUCUAAACAGUUCGAUGCAAAGGUCAUACGAACUACGAUGUACCCCACUUGGCUAGCCAAUAUCGUUCCCGUGCCUAAGAAGGAUGGCAAAGUUAGAGUGUGCGUGGAUUACCGAGAUCUCAACAAAGCCAGUCCAAAAGACGACUUUCCCCUCCCGAAUAUUCAUAUGCUUAUUGAUAAUUGUGCAAAGCAUGAGUUGCAGUCUUUCGUUGAUUGCUACGCAGGAUAUCAUCAAAUCCUAAUGAAUGAGGAAGAUGCAGAGAAAACAGCAUUCAUCACACCUUGGGGGGUGUACUACUAUCGGGUGAUGCCUUUCGGGCUCAAAAACGCAGGAGCUACCUACAUGAGAGCCAUGACCACCAUUUUCCAUGAUAUGAUCCAUAAAGAGAUUGAAGUCUAUGUGGAUGAUAUCAUCAUCAAAUCACGAAAGAGCUCAGACCAUCUAACGGAUUUAAGAAAGUUCUUCGACAGGUUGAGGCGAUAUAAUCUGAAGUUGAACCCCGCAAAAUGUGCAUUUGGAGUACCUGCAGGGAAAUUGUUGGGUUUUAUUGUGAGCAGAAGAGGCAUAGAGUUAGAUCCCUCGAAGAUAAAAACCAUUCAGGAAUUGCCCGCUCCAAAGAGUCGGAAAGAUGUGAUGAGUUUCCUCGGGCGCCUCAACUACAUCAGCCGAUUUAUAGCACAAUCAACGGUGAUAUGUGAACCAAUAAUCAAGUUAUUGAGGAAGGAUGCUCCUACCAAAUGGACUGAAGAUUGCCAAAGGGCCUUUGACAAAAUCAAAGAGUAUUUGUCUAGCCCGCCUGUUUUGGUGCCUCCAGAAGCUGGAAGACCUUUGUUAUUGUAUUUGUCCGUAUCAGAAAAUGCUUUUGGGUGUGUAUUAGGACAGCAUGAUGAGACAGGAAAGAAGGAGCGAGCGAUAUAUUACUUGAGUAAAAAGUUCACACCUUACGAGGCACGGUAUACGUUAUUGGAACGCACCUGUUGUGCUUUGACAUGGGUUGCACAGAAGUUGAGACAUUAUUUGUCUGCAUAUACUACUUACCUCAUUUCGAGGAUGGACCCACUCAAGUACAUCUUCCAGAAGCCUAUGCCUACGGGGAAGCUAGCUAAGUGGCAAAUGUUGUUGAGCGAGUUUGACAUUGUGUAUGUUACUCAAAAGGCUGUCAAAGGGCAGGCGAUAGCUGAUCAUCUUGCAGAGAAUCCUGUGGACAAGGAAUACAUACCCCUUAAAACUUAUUUCCCGGAUGAAGAAGUGUUGUUCAUCGGGGAAGGCAUCGCAGAAGAGUACCCGGGGUGGAGGCUGUUCUUCGACGGGGCGGCAAAUUCUAAAGGGGUCGGCAUUGGAGCAGUUUUGAUUUCAGAGUCAGGCCAGCACUAUCCCAUUUCAGCCAAAAUCAAGUUCCCGUGUACCAACAAUAUGGCAGAAUAUGAGGCUUGUAUUCUCGGCCUCAGAAUGGCAGCUGACAUGCAUAUACAAGAGCUUCUGGUUAUAGGCGAUUCAGACUUGCUGGUUCAUCAAGUGCGAGGCGAAUGGACAACUAAGAACGGGAAGAUACUUCCGUACUUGCACUGCGUAAAGGAUUUGUGUAAGAGAUUCAUUAAGGUCGAAUUCAAACACGUUCCAAGGACACAGAACGAGUUCGCUGAUGCUUUGGCCACGUUGUCUUCUAUGAUUCAGCAUCCAGACAAGAACCGCAUAGAUCCUAUCAAGAUAAACGUGCACGAUCAACAUGCACAUUGCUUCUAUACCGGAGACUAUCCGGAAGGGGUAACUAGUGUUCAGAAGAAAACGCUUCGGAGAUUAGCAAACCAUUUCUUCCUAAGCGGAGAAAUCCUGUAUAGGAGGACUCCGGAGUUAGGAUUAUUAAGAUGUGUUGACGCUAAAGAAGCGGCUCGUUUGAUUGAAGAAGUGCAUGGCGGCACAUGUGGGCCUCAUAUGAAUGGCUUUACACUGGCUAAGAAGAUCCUUCGCGCAGGCUAUUUCUGGAUGACCAUGGAGUCUGAUUGUAUCCGUUUUGUGCAGAAGUGUCACCGAUGUCAGAUUCAUGGUGAUUUGAUUCGAGUUCCGCCAAAUGAAUUAAAUGUGACAAGUUCUCCGUGGCCUUUCGCAAGUUGGGGUAUGGAUGUCAUCGGUCCUAUCGAGCCAGCAGCAUCGAAUGGGCACAGGUUCAUUUUGGUAGCCAUUGAUUAUUUCACAAAGUGGGUGGAAGCAUCUUCACAUAAGUCGGUAACAAAGAAGGUGGUAGCGGAUUUCGUUCGGAGCAACAUUAUUUGCCGAUUCGGAGUCCCGGAGUCAAUCAUAACGGAUAACGGCGCUAACCUUAACAGUGGUCUAAUGCAGGAGAUUUGCGAUACCUUCAAGAUUACUCAUCGCAAUUCCACUCCUUAUCGCCCUCAGAUGAAUGGGGCAGUUGAAGCAGCCAAUAAAAACAUCAAGAGAAUACUGAGGAAGAUGAUCGAUAAUUACAAGCAUUGGCACGAGAAACUGCCGUUAGCUCUUCUCGGGUAUCGCACUACCGUGAGAACUUCAACAGGGGCAACACCCUAUCUUUUGGUCUACGGGACAGAAGCGGUGUUACCUGCUGAGGUAGAAAUACCCUCUUUGAGAAUCAUCCAAGAAGCUGAGUUAAGUGACGCUAAGUGGACGCAGAAUCGAUACGAACAAUUGAUGCUCAUUGAUGGAAAGAGAUUGAAUGCCGUUUGUCAUGGACAACUUUAUCAGAAUAGAAUGGCCAGAGCUUUCAACAAGAAAGUAAGACCGAGGCAAUUCAAAACGGGGCAAUUGGUACUGAAACGCAUAUUCCCAUGUCAAGAUGAAGCUAAAGGCAAAUUUGCACCUAACUGGCAGGGACCUUAUAUGGUUCAUCGAGUAUUGACUGGAGGAGCGUUAAUCCUAGCAGAAAUGGAUGGCGAAAUUUGGCCGAAAGCUAUCAACGCAGAUGCCGUCAAGAGAUAUUAUAUUUAG